AUGGCCCUCGCCUCUCUCAAGCGACAGUUGUCGCGAGUUCUUGCCCGCGAUACAACAACGAAUGGAACUAGCAGCUGUGAUGCGCCGGAACUGCCAAGCGAUGCACAAGUAGACGAACAAUGUCAACGAGCUAGCCCCAAGGCAUCGAUAUACAAGCAUUCCCCAGCUCACUCCGGCACUACACUGCACGACCUGAACCAAGCGCCAACAAAUGUGUCGCCCGAGUAUCUUUCAGACGCCAUGGUACAUGUCAUGACAGUAGGUGACAGCAUCAUCACAAUCGAGACACAACAGAGAGAUGCCGAACAAGGCGAGCAACCAGCAGUAAAGCGAAGGAAGAAGAGCUUCGGCCUUCGUAGGGUCAAGACAGAACCCGCCUCGCAGAGUACUCCGCUUCAUGGCUCUAUCACCACCAUAGAGUCCGUCCCAAAUGGCAGUCGUUCUCGAGCUUGGUCAUACCCACUGGUCAACUGGAAGAAUCUCAGCUUAGUCCGUCGAAUGCGCCGAAGUGCUGACCUCAAGGAAGCUCGUAAAGAAGCACGUAAGGGCAAGGCUUCUUGUGAGCUGGUCCCUGGUGAUCAACCUCAGACUGGCGAUGCUGACGAAAAUACCACUGCACACCUAGCUCCACUAAUGCCGGGUGCUGUCCAAGGGUCACCAUCGCACAUCAACCGUCUAUCAAACGGGCUUGACGCAUCACCACGGGCCUCGGUUAACCUUGGCAUUGGCGCUUCCGCUCCAGGACAAGACAAGGAGUCUUCAAAGAAGCACUCCAACAGCUCCAGCGAAGAACAAAUCAAGCGCAAAGAUUCACGUUUCCACGAGGUAAUGCAGGCAGGAGAAAAAGCUGCAGCGGACAUGGAAGCGAACACCAGAGAAGUUGCAUUUGAGGAGCGACCACAAAAGAACUCGGCCUUCCUGUUACACCCCAUAGAUUGGAUCCGACAACACCACGCCACUGUCUUUCCACUUCCUUCAUCAGACUCUUCGUCCGACUCUGACUCACGCCCACCGUCACCAACAACUCGCCCAGCACGUCCAGCUCGUCGAACUCAAGAACCACAUCCCGUCCAACCACAAGCUACUCGCCGCAGAGGAUCGGAAGCUCUCACCCGUGACGAGCUGUACAUGAGAUCUCGGAUCAAUCUACCUCCUGGUAUGGAUAUACCUGCUGUCGGCCAAGCAGGUCCGGUCGACUGGUUACACCGCGGAUGGGAAGAACACUAUCGUCAGUUAGCCGAGUCUUCGCGUCGAGCCUGUCACCCUUUGGCCGCUGCGUGCUUUCUCCCUACCAGAGGUGAGGAGAUGCAACGGUACGUUCCCGGGUCUCAAUGUCAGAACGGACGAGGACGUGCAUCGACGCAAAGAGGACAAUCGACACCAUAUCCCACAGGAGUAUACAUCCAAACUUGUGACUUUGCAGUCCAUGGCAAGGGAAAAGGGAUCAUGUAUGUGCAAGAUGUUGGGGCUCAAGAUGGAAGAGGGAGACGUGAGAAUAGGAACGCUGCUUUUCCAGAGUACGAGAGACAGAGACGUAUAGAGGAAGGGGCAUGUGUGACCACUCUGACACUCGGCGAAUGCAAUUUUGCGAAAGAGUUGGGACAGAAUGCCUCGCAGGACAGUAUAUCAACUUGA